AGGUCAUACUGAACAACUUUACCUACGCGACCAACCACAUCGCGAAAAAAAAUUUUCUGUUUCAUACAUUUUGGCUGUCUGACCUUGACAUUUUCUGUUGGAUUAAUUUUUUCUCGCGAUUUCCGGAUUCGGUCCAUUUUUUAAUACCACGACGGUGGCAAACAAGCAUACGGCCCGUCUGAUGGUAAGCAGUCACCGUAGCCUAUGGACGCCUGCAACUCCAGAGGUGUUAGGUACAUGCGCGUUGCCAACCCUUUAAAAAUCUGUACACUCCUUUUUUGAAGAACCUCAUACUGUAGACCCUCGAGAAGACCUCGGCAGGGAGCUCAUUCCACAGCCGGAGCGUCCGCGGGAGGAAGGUCCUAGAGUGCGCGACCAUUUAGGUUCUAGGGUGUGAGGAUGAACACCCAGCCGACGGCGAGCGGUGCGGUGAUAGAAAGCAGCCGUUGGCAUCAUGUCAAACAAUUCUUCAAAGCACGUCCCAUUGUACAAGCGGUAGGACACACAUAAGGAGGCAAAGUCUCGCCUUAGACUUAAAAGAUCGACAGUAAAAGAUGCUCAAUGUGACCUAUAUAUUCAUCCCGUAAAUGUUUGUGGGUGACUAAAUAAACAUUCUGUAGGUAUAAUAGUUGUAGUAACACUACUUGUUUUAGUUAAUUUAGUAAAAGUUCAAAUUGAUAACUUAAGUAGUUCUCGAGAUAUUUAGCGAUGCGAUAGACGGACGGACAGACGGACAGAGUCGCACCGUAAGGGUUUCUUUUGUGCCUUUUUACGGAACCCUAAAAACGGAUUGCAUAGGUUUUGUUCCGCAAAAGGGAAUUGUCAGAACAUUAUCAAUUUCCCUCAAGCCGGAAAUAUUGAUGUGUAUGAUGUUUUAGCGGUUUAGGGACAUCAAAUGUCUGUAUCUAGUUGGUCGUGACUGAUUAUUUUAUUUGCCCUGUCAAACUUAAGUGUGAAAAUAACAGGUACAAUGUUUGCAAGGAGUAAAAUCGAUUCCUAUAUGACAAAAAGAGACCAAGGUCAAUCAAAAUCCAAGUUCUGGAGGAAAUAUAGCGACUACAGGCUUAUUCUAUGGGUGUGGAUGUUAGGAGACGCCGCGGUGAUGUGGGCGCCAGCCGAGCUGGCCCACAACGGAUUCUAUUUACAUGCCACAGUAUACUUAUUAGCCAUCAUCAUCGUCGCUACACCCUUGCUCUUCUCCGAAAUCUGCUUAGCCCAAUAUACUAACUGUGAUAUCAUCACCAUGUGGAAUUUUUUCCCCAUUUUUCGAUGCUUUGGCUACGGUACUAUCUAUCUGGUGACGAUGAAAAUCGUAUACAUGCUCGUGCUGACUUCGUGGUCGCUUGUGUAUGCGGUGCACUCGGCUAUAUCACCGGCGCCCUGGAACACCUGCGAUGAUUACGAUGGAAAUUCAACGACGAAAAUCUGCAUGGUUAAACGGAAGAAUACUUCGGUUUUUCAAAACUGUCUCGAAGUUCAAAGCAUGUACGGAGGAGAUUGUGGUAUCAAAACGGCUAGUCGCUGUUUCUUCGAAAUUCAAAUCGGAAAUUACGUGACAACGGUGUGGCCGGAGUGCACUCCGCGCCUUAAAGAAUCCAUAGCUCUAUGGUGCAUUGCUUUCGCGUUGUUUGUUUUGACAUUGAAGAGAAAGUUCCUGAGAAUUGGUGUGAAACUGGCGCUGGGUUACGUUGUAGUGGGCACGUUUGUGCUGGUCUGUAUAGCACUGGGGACGGGCGGCACAUGGUUCUCGUCGAGUAUAUUUUUAGGGUGGACAAAAUACAGUAAGGAGUCACUGAUCGAGGUGCUGCCGAAGGCUUUCCUAGCUGUGGGCGCUGGCUGCGGCAUGGCGGGCGGCUGGACGAGCGGCGCGGAAUUCCGCAGCCCUGCCUGCAUGACGGCCGUGGCCGCGCCACUCCUCGCCGUGCUGGCCUCAUUAAUGCUUAGCCUCGUAACCUACAGCGGAAUCAAGACCAUGUCUUUCUACCACGGUGACGAAGAAAACGUCAUUGAGCUCGGCAACAACUUCUUUUUUACCCCUUUUGCCUCGAUGACAGAAACUCUUAGCUACUUUGACGAAUACAACCUUUCAGGGUUUAUUUGGUUCUCGAUCACUUUUAUUUGCAUGUUCAUGAAUACGUGGCUUUUGUUUAGUUAUUUAAAGGAAUAUCUUAUAAAUAACUUGACCUUCGCACGGAGACACCACAAAAGUAGUUCCAUUUCCCUGAUGGUGUCGCUGGCGCUGCUGUCGUACCCGUGUUUCUGUUCGGACCUGACUCCUGCAUUGCUGGAUGCCGCUGAUACAGUGCAGAUUAUUACUAGUUUGAUAUUCUCAAUAUCCAUUUAUUGGAUUUACGGCUAUUAUAAUCACAGUGUAGACAUUAUUUUUAUGAUCGGAGUAAAGCCUAGUUACUUUUGGAAGUUUUGUUGGCUUUUAAACCCAGUGUUUAUUUCUUUUAUAUUGAUCACGAAAUGCGGCUUCUUGGCUCUUAGUGAACACGGAGGAAACUCGAGUGAUAUUGAACCACUCGGAAUAACUGCUGAUUUCCUGUUAUAUAUAAUUUUACUUGGAAUUUAUGCUCUUAUUUUACUUUUCUCAUUUCUCGUACAGUUAGUAUUGUACUUAGUAAAUGGCGAUUGUAAAAGUCUGUUUAUACCAUCUGCCGACUGGGGACCGAUGGAUGAUAUUUUGUUCAAAAGUCGAAAAAUGUUUGUGCCCGAAAUUAUGACAACUGAAUUUUUGUACCGGCAAGUAAAAAAAUAUGGAUACAGCAAGAGGAAAAAUGUUAAUGUGAUUAAGGAGCGUUCUGUAGAAUCUGAGGCGAGCCACAGCCUGCAGCCCACGGAGUGGAGCGUAUUGACGUCUAAUUAAGCUUGUUUUGUUUUUUAAUAAAAUUUUAUAAAUCUUGAUUCGUA